CUCAGUUUUGCAUCGCUCAGUUGCUAAAAGAGCAUCUUCCACAGUGACCAACAGUGACCCUGGACCCCUGGGCGCUUGAUCCUGCCCCAGCUCCCAGCCGUCCGAAACAAACCAUCGUGAGCGCACGGCCUCAGCCGCCCCCGGCGCUCAGGACAGGGCACUCGGAUCUCUGAACCAUUCAAGAGUACAAGACCACCGAGACUUUCUGUCUCACCCUCGCUAGCCAGGUCAAGUCAAGUCCAAGCCCCAACCCAGGCUCGAAUCCUCGCUCUUCUUGUCUGUCUUGCCAUCUCUUGGGGGACCCUCACCAAACAACCUCGACUCCACCUGGCCUGCGCACCUGUGACCCCAGGUGCCCCCCCGUGCCCCCCCGUGCCCCCCCCCACAAGGCCGGCCCCUCUUCGCAUCCACCACAUCGUCAAUCCGUCAAAUCCAGGCCUGAUCCCUCAAGGUCCGCUCGGGGGCAACUGCGCUGCAACUGCACCUCUGCUGCAUUCGUGCCGCCGCCUGUUCGCCUCACCCACGCCUCGACUCGCCUCAGAAUCCAAUCUUGCCUUGCGCCUGCCUCCCUGCCUGCCUGCCUGCCUGCCUGCCUGCCUGCUGUUGAUCUGGCCUUGAUCUGACGUCGAUCGGACUGUUUCUUGUUUAUCUUAUUCCCUUCCUGCAAGACAUCCUCAGCGUUUGCACGGCCGCCUGCACACCUCCGCUGCACCGCAACCCCUCGCCCACUGACAGGCAGCGAGCGGCCCAGCUCCCGACCGCGACGCCUGUCUUCCUGUCCGCCCGCCUGGCCCAUCCUCGACUGCUGUUCCUGCCAGGGGUCUUGUUGAUUCUGUCGCACCCCUCAAAACCUACCAGACGCCGCAUCGCAUCGCAUUGCACCACCGUGAACCGCCAUCCUUUAAUACAUCAAGACGCGUCUGCCAGGGUCACUCCACACCACGUCCAGCCGUUUCCCAGCUGACGGGUCCUUGUCUUGACGUCCUGCAGACAGGAGACGGAAUCCUGUACCUCUUCCCAGUCUAAAGCUUGGCCUUGAGGGCUGCCGCACGUCUGUGCUGUCUGCAGUACUGAUCGGCUUGGGUCAAUCAUUGUUGGUGGUGGGCGUUGACCUGUACAUGUGGGCCGGCGGUAAGUACGACGUCCGGGGUCGCAUGCAGGUCGACGACAAGGGUCGAACAGGUACGUGGGUACGGCCAGACGUGAUCGCUGCACGCCUCCACUGCCUUUAGCAUCCUCCCGCAUCCGCUCCACGCGCUGCAGUGCCUCCCUCCUCCUUCGGACCCGCUGUCUCCCACCCCCCUCCAUCCUCUUGCUGUAAACCAGGGAACCCAGAACGUGCGUGCUGUUCCUACAUAUUCAUACAUCCCGCUCAUCGACCAUCCCGUGUUCCCACCAUCACCCAACCCCCCCCCCCUUCUACAUUGUUUCUUCCCCCCCCCCGAGGCAUCUGCCCCAUUUAACGCAACGGCGACGGGUCGGCCAUCAAACCACACCCCCCCUCGUCUGUCUGUGACGGCUCGCCCAUCUACUUCCACGAUCUUGACGACUCGAUUUCCUUACAUUUCCCUUCGUCCUUUUCACGACUGAUGUCUCUUUCAUGAUAUUUUCUUGGACGUCCUGCCCCAACACUAUCUAACCAGACGAUCUAGCGCUUUCCCACUUGCGGUGGAACGAACAAAAAACGUGGCGUCCUGCAGAAACGGUACUCAUCAGUCCAGCCACCUUAUUGUUUUGGACGGUCUACGGGAUUCGACACGGACUCCUCUUCAUUAGUACCCCAUACCUGGCCCAGGUACUUUGCUUGACGUGACCAUCGCCAAAAGUCUCUAUCAAGCGCGACAUCUCAUUCGCGCGCAAACCAUUGGCAGCACUUUUGAGAAGAUUCCUCCCUUGAGACCUUGACUCGGCUAUACGCAUCAACGAUCUUAUGACCCGCCCCGUCCUCUGCGCCAGGCUGUGAACUGAGAUAUGAUGAGCGCAAACAUGGAGUCAGGGUGGGGACUCCUCCGCCAUGGUCGAUUCGGCCUGCAGAGGACCCCAGAACCAUCUACGGAGGCCGAGAGCCAAGCACCUUCCACGCCGAGACCACGACUUCGGUUAAAACGGCGUCACGAUCCCCAACACCUUGCCGCACCAACACAGCAAUUCCUCGCCUCAGUCGCUGCCGCGGACGUCCCACUGCCUAGCGUCGAGGAGCCUGCAAUCGCCACGUACGAAUCCGAUGUCAUGUCUUCUUGGAAUGAUCUGCAGUUCCCGGACGAGGGCCAUGAUAUCGAGCAUUGUCUCCAUGUACAGUAUGGCCACAACCAAUCAUUGACGUCCCCAAAGACUCCCGCGCCGGGAGCACCUCCGUCCCUAACGCCCUCGAGAUACCCAAAUUGGGCAAACGACUGGGUGAGCAGCUCUGAAUCGAGCCCAGAGCCCGAAUCCCGGCCGUCCACGGCGCGGUCACGUACGAGCACAUCGUCGUUCAGCCAGUUGUCAUCUUGCUUCUCGGACGACGACUUACAUUUCAGCCCCGAGACUGGGGGCUCGGAGAAAUCCAUGUGUGUCGACUCGGAAGCUGGCCAGUCAGAGAGUCUACAGCUCCGAAGUGCGACGAGGAUCGCGCGCAAGGCCCCGUGGACACCAGCAAUGAGUCAACACCUGUGGGCGACGUACAACAUGUAUCUUUCAGACCCACGUGUAACACCUUUCCAAAUCGGCAAGAGCGGUAUCCCACCAGAGGGCGUGUCUAAGAGAGUGGCCCGUCAGGCCAUCCGGAGUUGGAAGGGGUCAAGGACGGUUGCCAGGACCAUGGGCGCCUCGGAAGCAAGGAGCGGUAGCUCGACACCAACGGCCGCGGAGUCGUCCGGCGUGUUCAUGCAGUGGCCACACACUGCUGCGGCCACGCGAGCCCACCUGAGGACUCUCUGCAAACAAAAGGCCCGUGGACCUGACGGCGGCAAGAUGCGGUUCUCUUAUUUCUCCAGGAGUCCCACACCUUUGACCGACGCCACUGUCCGCUGGGCCAGGCGAUCGACACCGGGCUCCGCUCCAACACCGUUUGGGACGCAGGAAAUGGCCAAGUCUUUGGCAAUGAGUACUUCGGAGAUCAUGACACCUCAGGGGCCGCUUGCACAGUUGACCAGCGCGGGUGGGUCCGACGCGCUGACCAUUACACCCAACCUAGAUCAUGUGCCUCCGCCGGAUGUCGACCUGGAGCCCUCGAUGCUCGAGCGCCGGCGUCUUGGCUCGCCGGUCAACGCAAAGAGCUACGGACCAAGCUCGUCGACAUCCCUGCUGGAUGUUUUUGGGCUUUCUGCCGACGUCGGCCAACGGCAAACCCACACCGUGGGGCCCCGGCGGACGCUCCAGUCACCGGUCAGACUCAGUCGUUCGUCAACGCAAAAGAGGAAGACGAGGCAGGCUCAUGAAUCUCGCAAGCGGCCAAGCCUCUCACUCGACACCUGGCUCGACCCUCGCAUCCUCGCUAGCGACUCGAGCAAGGCCGAGGAUGCCUUCUUCGCCUCUCGGCCACGAGCGCCGCUGUCUUUUGACUCGGCACAGCCCACGGCCCGACCGGCCGUGGUUCCCAUCGCCACACCCCCACGACUAGGCUCCCCCUUCUCGGCCUCCAGCUCGAUGAGCCUCAGCGUCCCAAACAGGUUCAGCCAGCCCACAGACCUCGAACCCCCCAUGUUCGCGCGGCGGUGCUCGACCGUGCAUCAGUCCCGCGGAACGCAUCCCACCGAGCCAGCCAGCGUCAACCUGGCAUCGCGGCUCGCCUACCUUGACCAGCGCCUGAAAGAUUUCAAUGGUCCUUCUCGUCGGCUUUCCGAGUCAUCUCUCUGAUACGCCCAUCCCUAUAUUAUUAUUAUUAUUCCCCUACUAUAAACUCGAUCCCACUCCUCUUUGAUGGCAUUACGAUUUGAUGUAGCCACGAAAUCGGUCUUCGUGUGGCGGAUCGGGGCGAAUAUGGGAAACAGGAUCCUGCUCACAGCUUGCUUGGCGUUCGCGAUCUCAUGUGGUUACAGGUGCACGGAUGGCCGUUCUCAUAACGAAAGCAACAUACGAAAUUUCACGGCUCCAUGAUACCAAAAAUGGCAAAUGCUGCCCUCAACACGACUCACAGCCCGGCUCAUAUUCAUGAUGAUAUUCACUUGAUGCUGUCUUCUGCUCCUCUUUGCUGGUUACUUUUGCGGUUUGGGUUUUGGUUUGUCCCACGAAGUGGGCCGAGACGGAUGCAUGCGUGGAAUAAAAUUCCACUUUUGGGUACGUACGGGGCGGCUGGUCAGGGGGGGGGGGGUUUUAAGAACUGGAGUUUUGGAUCUGAGUGGACGGGAAAUCCCACUCACUUGUGAUAAACACGGAUUAUAUCAUGAAGGGCCCGCGAGGCACAAUAGCUGGUAUUAGGGGCUACACAGUGGUCCUAAAGAUGAUGUCGACGCUGCUCACAAGAGCGGCUACGCAGAUCUCGAAUCGAUCAUUUCGGCCGAAA